GAAAUUUCAUCUAAUGGUUCACUUUUCUUUGCUGGUUACAUACUGGCUAAAAUUUAACAAAGUUGCUUCCACUAGACUUUUCCUUCGUAGAGCCCACUUAAGUUCCGUACUGUGAGGCUGAGGGUGCGGGGGAGGUUAAUAUAAAUUGGUUGAGAUGGCAUGAUAGAUCACUACACUGAAGUCUGAAGAGCAAGUUGAAUUAUGGAAGGGCAAGAUCUGUCGCCACCACAAGUGGACGCAUCUCGACCGUCGCUGGGUUUCCCUCUAGGCACUGCCCUCCUUCUGAUCAUCAUAUUCACCCUCAGCGGCGUCUUCUCCUGCUGCUACCAUUGGGAUAAGUUCCGCUCCUUCCGUCAAUCCCAAUUCCCUUCCUCUCCUACCAAAUCCAACCUCAACCAGGAACCGAAGAAGCAAAACAGGGAAGAAAGCUUGCCGGUGUUGAUGCCAGGGGACCAGCUUCCCAAGUUCAUUGCGAUGCCUUGCCCCUGCCAGCCGCCGCGGACUCACAAGGAGCACGAAGACAACACCGUCAUUGUGAGGGUGGAGAAGCCACUGCAGCUGCCGGCCAUCCCUUUAUAUUUGUGAGCUAGAUAGCUAGCUAGUUAGAGUUAUAAUUCACAUACCUUCAAUACAUAUAUGUAUGUACAAGUAUAAGAUCGGUAGAGUUGGUAGAAUCUGGUGACUAUUCUAUUUCAUUCAAUCAUUGUACCAUACGCCAUGUAGCUGCUCUCCAUCUAAAUGCUUUUUUCUUUUUCUAAUUUCGCUUUCUCUUCCCAUCCA